AUGUCGGUGGCCGCCGCUCCGCCUUCGCGGCCACCGCCGCCCCUGCCCUCAUCAAGCAGUGGCAGCGGCAGCGGCGCAAUGGCAAAGGCAAGGGCGCUUCCGCCAAUGCACAACGCGCCGCCCAGGUCCCCAAAGCGAAACAAUCGCGAGGCUCUGCCAACGUCUUCACCGACGCCGACGAUGAGGGACAGCGAAGGAAUGUCAACAUCCAAGUCAAGAGAAUUGGCCAGAGCUGUGGCCUACCAAGGACACAACCAGACGCUUUCGCAGUACAGGCCCAACUCGACAUGGUCCGAGGGCGGAGCCAGCGUGGUCUGGAGUGGCGAUGUGGCGCCGCCGCUGCCGAGUCCAGGCCUGAGCACCCGCAGCCAGGGAGACACGGAUGUCGAUGAAGCGACGAGUUUUGCCGAUGCUCAAGAUCGACUCAGCGAUGACGAUGGCGAUGUGGCUGCGCAACAGACGAGGCGAAAGGGCACCUCAGGCACGCAGCCUCGAUCCAAUGGCAGCUACUCUAAGGCAGCGAAAGCUAAGAAAAAGGCUGCUUCUCCGAGCUUGUUCAAGAACGAAUCACGAAGCACAGUCCUCAAAGGUCACCACGAUGACGAUGAGCUGGAAGAGGGCUACGAAGGGCAGCAGCAAGACGACGAGCAACGUGGCGGGGGAGGCCACGGCCAUGGCAGGAACACGAGCGUGGGGUCGAGCAUCUGGGCCGGCCGAGGCGCCAACAAGGCCGACCGCUUCGACGGCGCCGAUGCACCGCCCAUGCCCAUGUUCCCCACUCGCCCGCGUCACACCUUUGACCCGAUGAGGGGCAGCAUGGCGGAGACCAGCAGCAUGUACAGCGAAGGCCCCGCCAAUUUGGACGACGAUCGACGCUCCGACUUUGAUGACUCGCCCGAUGACCCUGCUCCGAACAAUGGUCAGCCUGCAGGCCGGAGCAUGGGCGACCUCGCUGCUCUGGGCGAUGAUGACUUUGAGAUGAUGCCGACCUCGCCAGUGGGCCCGUCAUCACCAACGCCACAACUACCGCCGCCGCCAGUAUCGAAGCGCGCGGAUGGAAUGACGGCGCACGCAAAGAGCGAGCCGCGCCGCUUGCCAGACGGGACAGUCGUCCCCAAGAUGCCACCGAUUCCCACACGAACAUCAGCAAAGGGCAUGACCAGCUCUUCGUCAUCAUCAUCCACUGCAUCGGCGACAGCUCCUCUGCAUGUCACAAAGCGAAGCAAAAAGGGACGGCUCAACCGAUCGCCGGUCUUGAGCUACGAGGAAGGCGCCGAAGAGGAAGAACGUCUCGUCCACGCCCUCGACAGCAACAACCAUGCCGGUAGACUGACGAGCAGCUUAGGCCCGCGGCUCAAGAAGAACAGCCCAGCACCCUGGGAACUCGAUGACAACGACGACGCAGAUGACGGCAUGGGAGGCUUGCCACGCAACUCAUCGAGCGGCACGUCGCGUGACUUUCCAUGGAGCGCGUUGGCCAGGCCUUCGACUGACAGGGAGAGGACGACUUCGCAUGAAACGGUCCCUAACCCUCCAUCUUCUACCAAGCCCGGUGGCGGCGGAGGCUGGGCAAGGCAGAGCAUGGAAUCGCUCCGCGGACGUUCGUUCCACUUGAAGGACAAGGACCACGAUCCUAUGCCAGCACCGUCGCCGCUUUCUAUGGGACAAAAGUCCAACGGGACCUCGAGUCAGAUUCCAGACGAAACCGAUCCUGUCGUGGCUGCUGCAAUGGCUGCGGCCGAGCAAGCGUCGAAUGCGUCAAGGCGGAGCAGGAGCAAGAGCAUCUCGAGCAAUGCCGCUGGCGUGCUCAAAGGUCUCGGCCUGGCUUCGAGCGCUGCCCCGCCAACGAAGAAAGGCAACAAGUUCGCAAAAGCUUUCCGCAUUGGAGGCAGUAACGCCGAUCAGAUGUCCAAGAAGGGACCGCUAAGCCUCAGUGCCGGCAUCUCCUCGGAUGACUACGCUCACCUUGCCAACAUGCCACCGAGCCCUCAGCCGCAGCCGCAGCAGCUCCCUGCCGUUUUUGUUGGAGGAAACAACUACAGUAAUAACAGCAACAAAAUGCAGCCGCCAUCAUCUCCUUACAGCAUGACGACGUCCAGCCCAGGUGCCUUGAGCCACUCGAGCCUUGCCCGGGACGGGAGAGAGAGCCACGAGAAUGUCUCUGCGCCGUCGUCUACCUCAGCGAAUCAAGCUACGCCCAAGAACCACCGGGCCCACCACACAGGUGGAGAUGCGGCCGAGCGCGAAAGCGGUAGCAUGGGAAGUCACAACGGCUCUAUUUCCAAUCUGACCAAUGGGUCGACGAUGUCGUCCUCGCUCGGCGCCACAGCCUCAUCGGCUGGCACGAGCCCCAUGGUGUCGCCUGCGAAGAAGCCGGAUCUCUCGGAGCUCUUGGUGACGAGCAACCAGAAGUAUCGAGACCAGGCUUUCACGCCCAAGACGAAAAUGGCCGCCAAUGGACGUUCUCCAUCCUUGGGUGUUGGACAGAGCAGUCCGAUGCAAGCCUCCUCCCAAGGAACGAGUCCUGCUCAAGCGACAACUCCGAGGAUGCCCUCCUCGCUCUCCUACAAGCGGACUUCGACCUUCACGCCUGACAGCACCUAUUCGUACCAACAGCAGCAACAGCAGCGAGCCCAGGCGACCGGCGAGUGGACUUCGCCCAGCAGCCCUCCUCCUGCCUGGAAGACAAUGGCUACGUUGGAGCAUCAGCAACUGAGCACGUCAACUCAUGAAAGCCAGGAGGGCAAGUCAAGGGCUUCAAGCUCGAAUGCUCAUACCCAGUCUCGCCCUACGCCAAUGGCUCUGCCUUCUGCCAAGGGUCAGGGCCUGAGCGUUUCUUCCCACGAAGAGGAGGCCCGUGCGGGCUCUGCCACACCUACGGCGGCUGUGGGCAUGGCAGCAAUGGUCUCAGCAAAUGCGCAGUCUUCGAACCACGAGAGCGAUUCGAGCGAGGCACAAGAGAGGUCCAGCCUGUCCGGCGUUCCCAUAACGGCUGGUGCCGGGGACAUGAAGCAACAUCCCAGCCUGGGUAACCAUGGCGGCGUUCCCUACAAGCUCAUUUCGCUCGAGCAGGCUCGACUGAACCAGAGCAGGGAACGGAUGGCCGACGCUCAGAGAUCCGUCUCCACGAACAGCCUUGACGGCGGCCAACGUGCAAGCAACACCAACAGCGGUCACGGCAAUUCGCUCGAGGCCAGUCAUCCUCCCUCUUCUCUCAAGAACAAGAAGAGCGGCUUUUUGAAGAUUUUCAACAAGGACAACAAAGCCGUGGACGAGGACGCAGCGAUGCCGUCGAUGCUUUUGUCAUCGUCAGCUGCUAGGGAGACGGAACACCACAGCGAGGGCCUUGGCCUCGUGGCACCUGCCCUCCAGCUGAGACCAAUGUCGAGCAUGUUCAGUGGUUUUGGCGCGGAUUUGCUAGCGCCAAAGCCGGAUAGCAACGACACUGCGCUAGAUUCCAUCGCCGAAGGCGGAGCUCAAGGAAAUUUGGAGCUACUCUCAGGCCCUUCCAAUCAGCUUUCGGCCCCUUCUCCUGCCAUGACGAGCCGGAGCGUAGGCGAGGUGUCGAGGACAUCUUCGCAGGCCUUCUAUGAAGACGCGCAGGAAACGGUAGCGACGGUCAACGAAGCGCAAAAGGUAAACGGGGCCCGUCCUACCUUGUCGGACCGCGUGCAGGCACCGGCUGCGAUUGUGGCCACGCCAUAUCGCAAGGGCAAGGGGCAGGGCGUUCCAUCUCCAUCUGCGCAAUCGCCCGGCUUCGAGAGCGCUCACAGCCACGCGACCACUGACGGCAGCGGUGACCCUGGUGCUGCUGCGCGAGUCAGCGAAUCGGCACCAAAUGCCCGCUACUUGAGCUCGCACCCGCAGCAGCGGCCUCACAGUACAGCCUCGGACCAGAGCGAUGCCUCGUCAAGCGCCUUGGGUCUCGUCAACGGCUUCCCCGCCACACCCAACACGGGCGCUAAUGCGGCCGCGGCAUUUGCCAACGCCGGCGAGAGGGCCGCUGCGAUCUCCUCUACCCGGAACAAGGCCAUCGAGCUCGAGGCGGAAAUGGCCAGGGUCGUCGCCGAGCUGGCUCAGCUUCGACAGCAGGCUGUCGAGAUGGGCCUGGUCAGCCAGCAGCCGGCUCCUGGCCUGCCCAGUAGCUCUUCCAAGACGUCACUCAAUGCGGCCUCGGACCAGCCAACGCCAUUACCGAGCCCCAAUCUCAGUGCGCCUGCACCACCGUCGCCGCUCCAGACGCCCAUCCCGCAAUGCAGUGCGUGCGGGUGCAACUGCGCAGAGCAGAAGCGGAUUCAGGCCCUCAACGAAGCAGCCAUCCUCAAAGGUCUGAGCGUGUUGGACAGAGGAAGAGCCCUGAAACCGAGCAAUGGCGCCAACCCCGGCAAAUUCGGAGGUUACCUCAAUCGGUGA